UCUCCCCUCUGCAACAGCAGCUGUAGCAUCAGCAGCAGUAGCAGCAGCAGCAGUGGCAUCAGUAGCAGAAGCAGCAUCAGCAAAAGUAGCAUCAGCAGUUGCGAAAUCAUUUCAAAGCAGGAAGCAAAGCGUCUCAGUCUUCAAGACCUCCACAGAUGAUAGCCUUCCAUCGCCAUCGAUGUCAUAAGUUGAACAAUUCAUUGGCCAUAAUUAAAUUAGCUUAACUUUCCAUUUUUUUGUGAAUACGUUAACGAUAACGCCUGUAAUUGGUGUUUUAUGAAGUUCAUUAUUUUUUACUGAUAUUAUACGAAGCCUUAUUUAGGUUUCAUUUUUAAGAGUGGAUUCGAGUGCAGGUUACAGAAGACGGCCAUGCGGUGGUUGGGGAGUUUCCUGCUGCUUACAGGAUGGUGGAUGGUGGUUGCGGCAAAUUCUGACCAUCCAAGCGAUGUGACAACGGUGACGGGGGUUUUGACCACGUUGAACGCAGUCAACCCCUCCGCCAGCACAUCUCGUCUACUAACAAAUCCCGCCACGACACACAUACCACCAUCGAUGGCAACCGUCACACAGCCGACACAACAAAUAACUACUCUCAAUAAAAACAACAACGUCGCAUCAUCACCAUCAUCAACAGUACCAUCAUUAUCAACCCCAUUAUCAUCAACACAACCAUCAUCAACGCCACCCUCAUCAGCCACAUCAGCAGCAGCGGCAGCAGCGGCAGCGGCGUCACCAGCCGCAAUAGAAAACACUUCUUCAAACGCAGUUGCCACAUCGGCAACUAACCCAGCAUCCACCCCUGCAAACACCAACACCACCACCCCCGCAAACACCAACACCACCACCCCCGCAAACACCAACACCACCCCCACGAACACCAACACCACCAACCCCACGAACACCACCACCACUCCCGCAUAUGAGGCCAACAUCACCCCUUCCCCCAGUACGAACGCGACGGAGUUACCCAACAACGCGAGCAUCACGCUGCAGACUGCCAAUUCCUCCACGGUCACCCCCAAGUCGCCCCUCUCCUCCUCCUUCUCGUCGCCCUCAUCGUCCACCUUCCCAUCCGCCACUCCCGGCGUGUCUCGGGACGCUGCCACCGUGAACGGCACUGACACGACUCCGCCCUCGGCGUCGGAAGCCGCGAGUUCGAGUGUGACCACUGCUGGUGGUGAUAUCAAUACUAAUAAUACGAAUAAUCGAUUCGACGCAUCCACUGCCAAGACCGCGACGACACAGGAUGCGAGUGAAGGUGGAGUGCCGGUCGACGAUCGUGGCAUCGACGACGGCAGCAUAACUCCGCCACCGUCGACUGCUCGCCCAAGCAAGACCGAGGCCGUGACCGAGCCCGACAGCUCCGACAGCGGCCACCAGGCGGCGGGUGCCGAGCGUCCGGGCGGGCCGCGUCACAACGUGCGCACCGUGCUGCUCGCCGUGGGCUGCUCGUGCCUCGUGCUGCUCGUGUCCGCAAUGCUGCUCUACAGCAAGCGGCGCACGCGCAACAAGAGCUGGUACGUCCACAACGACCACCAGGUGCUCGAGAACCCCUGCUACGAGAACGGUUGCCACGACAACGGCGGGAACAGCAACGGCGGUUGCCACGACAACCCGGCGAUGGAGGCGAUCGCGGGCGGCCCGUCAGCGGCGGCUGCUGCGGCUGCGGCAGACGGCUGGCCCGACGAGGCGUGGGGGUGCGACACGGGCCCCCCGCUCCGCCCACCCGGCCGGGCCACGCCCGCCAGGGUGGUGGCGUCCCCCUCGGUGGGAGUUGACGCGUGGGUCGUGCCGCUGGACAACGUGAGCUCGGGAGACGACCCGCUCGCUGGCCUCAUGCAGGACACGCGCCUGUGACGUGCACGUUUGCGCGCCUGUGACGCGCACGCUUGCACGCACGCGGGCACGCGGGCACGCGGGCGCCCCCUCGUGGCAGCAGCGUCCCUACCGGCAGCAGCACCAACAGCAGCGCUCGCAGCGCCAGUAGCAUGAGAAUAGCACGAGCAGAGCCAGCAGCAGCACUAGCAGCACCAGGAGCAGCAGCACUAGCAGCACUAGCAGCACGGACAGCACCAACAGCCGCAGCACCACCAGUAGCAGCACUAGUAGCACCAGGAGCAGCAGAACUAGCAGCACGGGCAGCACCAACAGCAGCAGCACCACCAGUAGCAGCACUAGUAGCACCAGGAGCAGCAGCACCAGCAGCACCGGCAGCACGGGCAGCACCAACAGCAGCAGCACCACCAGUAGCAGCACUAGCAGCACCAAGAGCAGCAGCACCAGCAGCACCGGCAGCACGGACAGCACCAACAGCAGCAGCACCACCAGUAGCAGCACUAGCAGCAGCACAAGGGACAGCAACAGCAGCGGCACUAGCAGCACCAGGAGCAGCAGCACUAGCAGCACUAGCAGCACGGAGAGUACCAACAGCAGCAGCACCACCAGUAGCAGCACUAGCAGCAGCACAAGGGGCAGCAGCGGCACUAGCAGCACCAGGAGCAGCAGCACUAGCAGCACUAGCAGCACGGAGAGUACAAACAGCAGCAGCACCACCAGUAGCAGCGAUAACAACGCCACCAGGACUAGAACAGCCCUAGCACCGCCAGUAGCAGCAGCAGCAGCAAUAACAGCGCCAGCAAGACUAGCAGCAACAGCAGCAUCAGCAGGAUUAGCACAGCACCCGAUCAGUGCGGCUUCGGGCAGUGGUUCUUAAUCUUUAUUGCAGCCCUUGCACUCCUUGGGUAUCAAUCGUAAAAAAAUAUAUAACGUUAAUAAGUACGUAGGUUUGAUGAAACAAAGUAGUUGAACUUACGUGCCCUUGCUUAAUUUGUGUUUCGAUGAUUUACCUUCUAAAAAAGAAAUCUGAGCGUGUCUCGCACCCCCGUAAAGGGCAUCUCGCAACCCCAAGGGGUGCACGUCAGAGGUCGCAACCGGGUACCCGAUACCCGGCUACCCGUACCCGGCCGGGUACGGGUACCCGUUUGCGACCCUGGUGCGGCCGGGUACGGGUUACGGGUAGUCCGUGAGUCACUGGUGAGUCACCUGUUUGUCACUCAUUUCCCAACGUCUCGUCUCUUCUCACAAUUCAAGUUCCUAGAAUCAACCCACCCGCGCCUGCAACAUGGCUUCAUUCCAGAGGUCGCAAUCAGGUACCCGAUACCCGUACCCUACCCGUACCCGGCCGGGUACGGGUACGGGUACGGCCGGGUAAGGGUACCCGUUUGCGACCCUGGUGCGGCCGGGUACGGGUACGGGUAAGGAAUCAAAACCCGUUUGCGACCUUUGGUGCACGUGCACCCCGGGUGAAGAACCACCCCAUGGCUUAAGGGAUGCUUGUAGUGACGGAUGGAAGUUCGUGGAGUGGGGUCCCCGCUUAGUUCGCGGGACUUUGCGUCGUGUGGCCGCGGGGGUGAGGGGGGGGUUCAGUCGAAGUCACGUGCCGCGUUCACCCCCCCACCCUCCCCCUCCUCCCCCUCCACCCCCUCUUUAUCUACUGUUUGAAAUGUUAAAGUCUAGCUCGCUACUGUGGCAGGGACUGUAUUUUGUUUGUAGAUGUGAAGCUUUCGGUAAAGUCACGUAGGUAAAAAUAAAUAAUAAAAUAAAAAUAAUGGAAAUAAUUAUAUAAAUAAAAUAAUAAAUAUUUUAGAAAUAAAAUAAUACAUCUUUUAUUUCUAUUAUUAUUUCUAUUAUUUAUUUAUUUUUGCCUACGUGACUUUACCGAAAAAACCUAAGAGUAUGCAUCUUGUUUAACGUUCUAAACAAGGCAAACGUGUGUGUUUUUUUUAUUUAGGCUUGAGCUAUGAUAUAUAGUGUUAUGGCGGCUAGUUUCUAUGAUAUUUGUUAAAUGACAGUUGUAUUAUGUUAUAAGGAUGUCAGUAACUAUUAUUAGCUGAUGUGUUAUUUUAUUUGUUUUACACGCGUAUUAACGUACUCACCUCGUAAUUUAAGCAUCAAUUUUAAAAUGCUUGUGUUGCUUGUGUUCACGACGUAUUGAUUAAGGAUAUCAUCGCGACCGUCUGUAGAAAAAUCGAUGUUAUGACAACGCAUACCUGCUGUAAUGUAAUGGGCAUUUGACCAUGAUCCGGCAAUCGGUUGCAUUUCGAUUUAAAGCUUUCGUGACUGCAGGGAUUCAUCUUCGUGGUUCUUUCGGUAAAGUCACGUAGAAGGGAAGUAAUAAAAUAAUAAAAAUAAAACACAAUAAAAUAAUUCUCACGACGUUUCGGCCACAAC